AUGAGUGCCGAGCAGCCACAGGUUGUGCAGCGGUCUGAUGUCUGGAUGACUGCCAGAAUUGAAUUACAACAACCAGCCUCUGGCAGUAAUGACUUUAAGCUUGGCUUCUAUGAAUCCUCUCCUCUCGAAAUCUGCCAAUUCUAUCCCCUCUGCUUUUCCUGUGUAUUUAACUCACUUCCCAUUCCUUCCUGUUUGGUUAGUUCUUGUCGCCACCAGUUGGAUACGUUGAGUGGACAGUCUUCUGUUGUCUGCACUAGUGACACGCUCUGGACCAGUGCUAAAGGCGCCAAUGGGUCGGCAGGAUCGGGCUUAUGGACGGUUGCUAGCAUUGACCUGGUGCGACGCGCUGGUGCUGAUGGCGAUUUCAAGCUCUGUGAAACGGUUUCAUCUCAUUCCUUUCUCUUCCCGUCUUUCUUUUCACCCUUUCUGGUCGUUGCCGCAAGGUGUGGGCUUCACAGUUCACCAACUUAUCGCUCACCCUUUAGCUCCUGCAGAGUGGAGGUAGACGCUAAGACCGGCGAUCCGGUUACACUGUGUCAAAAUAAAGCCCUAUGGAAGGGAGAAACGCGUAACAAUGAAUUCAUCCUGGCCACCGUGGAUUUGCCUUCACUCGGAGAGGAUAUCUCCUACAAGGUACGCUUACGGGGUCCUCUUAUACUGGACUGA